AUGGCUUGGGUUCGGCCAGUGGCGUUUGUCGCCCCAGCGGUGGGAGCAACAUCUCUGGCCUUGAAGGCACGAUAUUCUACACCAGAGCAACACUCCAGCUUUCUGGCCAUGUGGUGUCUGGGUCCCAUGGAGUGCGUGAAAACUAUCCCCUGGAGGUUGCAGAUUUUCUGGAGGUUGAGGCUGGUACAUCGGCACAUUCAAACCCUGUCGGCCGAAGAGUUGGCCCUGCAGUGGCGGCCUAAGCCACAUGAUGUGGUGGUGGCCGUCCCGGCGAAAAGCGGCACCACGAUGCUGUUGCAGGCUGCUCAUCAGCUGCGAAUGGCGGGUGCUUGGGGCCACGACGUCGACUUUGAGGACCAAAUGGAUGUGAUCCCGAUGCUGGAAGGGGGCCCUGGCUCGCUUCUGCCGACCAACCGCAUCAACCAGGAGCAGCUCGCGGAGCCGCGGAUCUACAAGUCACACCUCAAAUGCAAGGCCUUUGACAGACUCAAGGUGAAGAGGGUCUAUUGCUUCCGGGACCUGAAGGACGUGCUUGUGAGCGACUGGAGGUUCACAGCUUCCAUCUUGGAAUCCCCGGUGCCUCUUGAGACCUUUGCUGUGAUGCGGGUUGUACCCGGGGGAGUUGACAGGGCGCUCAAGGAUCUCUGUGACUGGUGGGAGCAUCGCCAUGAAUCCGACGUCUGCUUCUUGUUUUUUGAGGACGUCUUGGAGGAUCGGGUGGCAGCUGUGGAAAGGCUGCAGGGACUGAUGGAACUCAAGAAGGACAAGGAGCUUGCGAAGCUUGUUGCAGAGCAGUGCAGCCACACGUUCAUGUCUGAGAACCAUCGCAAAUUUGACGACCACAAGAUCAUAGAGGCUCUGGAUCGCCUCACAGGCGUCAGUCGCGCAAGUGCCUUGGUGGGGAAAGUGCGCAAGGAUGGCGGAAAGUCUGGAGAAGGGGCCGCGCUGCCCUUACCCGUGAAAGAGUGGCUCGACUGGAGGUGGGAGUGCAUCGUCCACAAACGUCUGGGGUUUAAGAGCCUGGUCGACAUGCGUGCUGCUUGGGCCGCAGAGUGCAGGCAACAUGGCGGUAUAUCCUAA